AUGGAGAAAAACGAACGGACAUUGGUGCAGGAAAAGUGCCUUUUGCAAGCGGUGGAUAAAUUAGGAGAAGGAUCGAAAAUAGUUUGGAUUGUUUUUUUCAUAAAUAUUUUUACGUUGAUUUUGUAUGGCUUGAAUUCUAUGUCCUAUGUCUACAUUGCUGAGAUACCAGAGUUUCAAUGUUCUAUCCCCGAAUUGACAAAUGCAAAUUGGACAAAAGAGCAAAUUAAUGAAAUCUCGAUAGUUGAUUCAUGUCAAAAAUAUAAUUACAAUUAUACACAUUUAGCAAAUUUAGGCUACAAUAAAACUGCAAAGUAUAUAAAAGAAUUAAAACUUCCGAGUACAACGUCUUGUGAAUCGUUUAUAUUUGAUGAUAGUGUACGCUCAACAGUUGUCGAUGAGUGGCAAUUAGUGUGUGACAAAAAAUUACACCGGGCAAAUACAUUUUCAGUGUACGCAGCGGGCAUCAUUGUUGGUUCAGCAUUUUUUGGAACAUUUGCAGAUAUAUAUGGGCGAAAAACUUCUUUAAUCAUCAGUAUAAAACUGCAAAUUAUUUCUGGACCCGUCAGUGCAUUAGUACCGUGGUUUUGGGUCUAUAUGACAUGCAGAUUCUUUACCGGAAUGAGUCUCGGUGGAAUGUUUUCGUCAGCAUAUACCAUUUUGUCAGAAAUUGCAAAAGGUAGAAGAAGAGAAGUAUAUAUCAGUCUCCUCGAUGCUGCCUUUUCAAUCGGAACUUUUUUUCUGAUAGGUAUGGCUUAUGUAUUACCGACAUGGAGACAAUUGCAAUUGGGGAUAUCAUGUUUUAUUAUACCAAUGACUAUUUUAAUUUGGUGGAUACCUGAAUCACCUCGAUGGUUGGUAUCACAAAACCGUCAUGACGAAGCUCAGAAGAUAAUUGAAAAGUAUUGCGGAUCACUUGAUAUACCACCACUGUCAACUGUGGAAAAUUCAACAGUUAAUUUCAAAUCAUCUUUAUUAAAUAAGAAAAAAGAUUUUUUCUACCGUAAUUUUAAAAGUCUCAGAAUUCUGUUUACAGAUUUUAGAAAAAAAAUUUUAAUUAUGUAUUUUAUUAGCUACACGACAGCAGCAGUCUGUUAUUCACUCAUUUUCAACGUUGACAAUUUCAGUACAGACCGCCAUCUCUUUAUGAUAGUAGUAGCAGUUGAAGAAAUAAUAGCGCAUUUGACAAUUUUAGUAGUUUUUAUAUUUUUGAGUAGCCGGAAAUCACUGGCAUUAGCUUAUCUCAGUGGGUCUGUUUUGCUAAUGUCAAUUCUGGUUGUUCCUGUAGAAAAUAAAAAAGUAACCAUGGGUUUAGUACUAGCUACUAAAUUCUUUGUAGAAACGACUUUUACGUCUUCUAUAGCAUUAAAUUCAGAAUUGUUUCCUAGCAACAUCCGAAACACUGCUCUCGGAACUUGCGUGGUAUUGGAACAAAUGGGCUCUUUAACUGCUCCAUAUAUUGUUGAUUUACUUGGAGACGUUGUUUGGUGGGCUCCGACACUUCUUUGCUGUAUUUUAUCUCUUUUAGCUGGAUUAUUUUGCUGCAUUAUGCCCUCAACAAACCUAAGUGAUGAAAAUAAAUCUAAAAGUAACAAAAAAAAUUCGACGGCGGAUUGA